AGCACUUAGUGAUUCUGCAGCCAUUGUACAAUGUUUAGAGUCAGCAUUCAUAAAUUUGUCACACAUUAAUGAAGACAAUUGUGGAAUGUCGUCAUUUAAAAGCACUAGUCCUUUGUAUAGGAUGAAUCAGUAACUACAGAAUAUACAAAGGUUAUCAGAUAAAUAUUGCUGGAGGCUAUAAAACACCCAUGUGUCUUGUUAGUUCUGCCUUUCUGCUGUCUAAACGAGGACUUUCAUCACUGCCAAGCCAUCAUGUCGGAAAAGUUUGAAAUCUUUAACCUUGGUGUGAAGUCAGGUGCCACGAUAAAAGUGAAGGGAGAAGUUUCAGGUGAUGCUAGUAGCUUUGUUAUAAACUUGGGCAAGGACAACAGUGACCUGGCACUGCACUUUAACCCUCGUUUUGAGGAUCCCAAUGAUGGGUCCGUGAUUGUGUGCAACUCCAAGUGUAGUGGCUGCUGGGAGUCAGAGCAACGAGAAAAAAAGCUGACAUUUUCAAAGGGAUCAACUGUUAAGUUUACUAUUGACUUCAAAGGUGACAAGUUUGUGAUAAAAAUGCCUGAUGGAGCAGAAGUUGAAUUUCCAAAUCGACACGGCCAUGACCUCAUCAACUACUUGUCUGUAAAGGGAGGAUUCAGAGUGACCUCUUUUAAAUAUGACUGAUGGCCUGAGAAUGGUGUUGAAAAGACUGAAUAAACAAUAAAGUGUUUGUAUUUUUCUCA